UUCAGGUCCCUGCGCCUUUUAACACAGGCACAUCUAGCAAAAGCAGAUGAAAACCUGGCUCUGUUUCAAAGACUCUUCCGCAGAUUUAGAGAACAGGCCGCGAAAAUUCAGCUGCGGCGCCAUCUGCUGGAAGUGGCGCGACACUGCAAGACCUUGCUGGGGAAGGUUGCAGGUGAAGGUCUGGCCUUCUGCCCAAGGAAGGCCUGCCACCAAGCGUGAGUGCAUCUCCAUCCACGUUGGCCAAGCUGGUGUCCAGAUCGGCAAUGCCUGCUGGGAGCUCUACUGCCUGGAACACGGCAUCCAGCCCGAUGGCCAGAUGCCGAGUGACAAGACCAUUGGGGGAGGAGAUGACUCCUUCAACACCUUCUUCAGUGAGACAGGCGCUGGCAAGCAUGUGCCCAGGGCAGUGUUUGUAGACCUGGAACCCACAGUCAUUGAUGAAGUUCGCACUGGCACCUACCGCCAGCUCUUCCACCCUGAGCAGCUCAUCACAGGCAAGGAAGAUGCUGCCAAUAACUAUGCCCGAGGUCACUACACCAUUGGCAAGGAGAUCAUUGACCUCGUCUUGGACCGAAUUCGGAAACUGGCUGACCAGUGCACAGGUCUUCAGGGCUUCUUGGUUUUCCACAGCUUUGGCGGGGGAACGGGUUCUGGGUUCACCUCCCUGCUGAUGGAACGUCUCUCUGUCGAUUAUGGCAAGAAGUCCAAGCUGGAGUUCUCCAUUUACCCAGCCCCCCAGGUUUCCACAGCUGUAGUUGAGCCCUACAACUCCAUCCUCACCACCCACACCACCCUGGAGCACUCUGAUUGUGCCUUCAUGGUAGACAAUGAGGCCAUCUAUGACAUCUGUCGUAGAAACCUCGAUAUUGAACGCCCAACAUACACUAAUCUGAACCGCCUCAUGAGCCAAAUUGUGUCCUCCAUCACUGCUUCCCUGAGGUUUGAUGGGGCCCUGAACGUUGAUCUGACAGAAUUCCAGACCAACCUGGUGCCCUACCCCCGCAUCCAUUUCCCUCUGGCCACAUACGCCCCUGUCAUCUCUGCUGAGAAAGCCUACCAUGAACAGCUUACCGUAGCAGAGAUCACUAAUGCUUGCUUUGAGCCAGCCAACCAGAUGGUGAAAUGUGACCCUCGCCAUGGUAAAUACAUGGCCUGUUGCCUGCUGUACCGUGGUGACGUGGUUCCCAAAGACGUCAAUGCUGCCAUCGCCACCAUCAAGACCAAGCGCAGCAUCCAGUUUGUGGACUGGUGCCCCACUGGCUUCAAGGUUGGCAUUAAUUACCAGCCCCCCACUGUGGUCCCUGGUGGAGACCUGGCCAAAGUACAGCGGGCAGUGUGCAUGCUGAGCAACACCACAGCCAUCGCUGAGGCCUGGGCUCGCCUGGACCACAAGUUUGACCUGAUGUAUGCCAAGCGUGCCUUUGUUCAUUGGUACGUAGGUGAGGGCAUGGAGGAAGGAGAGUUUUCUGAGGCCCGUGAGGACAUGGCUGCCCUUGAGAAGGAUUACGAGGAGGUUGGGGCAGACAGUGCUGAGGGGGAAGAUGAGGGUGAAGAGUAUUAACCUGUCUGCUGCAGUUUUGCACUCUUGUGACUGUCGUAUUUGUGUUCUGUGGAGCUACGCAUUGUGUCCCUAUCUUGUCAAUAAAACUGUUAUCACAGUAAA